AUGCCUGAUACCUCCAGCACCCGAGGAGGCUCCAGCGAGGAUGGGCAGGAGCAGGGCAGGCAGGCCCGGGAUGAGCUGGAGAAUAGGUACGAGCUGUGUGAGAAGCUUGGGGAGGGGACGUAUGGGAAAGUGUAUAGAGGCAUGGACAAGGUCACGAGGGAACCGGUGGCCAUCAAACGCAUGAAGAUCAAUCUGGAAGAUGAAGGUUGCCCUUCCUUGGCCAUCCGAGAGAUCGCACUAUUGCGAAAAAUAAAGUCGGCUAACGUAGUCUCCCUACUACAUAUUCAUGUGGACCGCUGCAGUAGCUCCCCAUGGGACUCCUUGACGUUGGUCUUCGAACUCCUCACUUAUGACCUACGGCAGUUUAUAAAGAUGAAUUCUAUCCCAUCGGCGCCGUGCUUGAAGUACUUCAUAUACCAAAUCUUGCGAGGAGUGAAGGCCUGUCAUGACCUGCGCAUAAUGCAUAGGGAUAUAAAACCGCAGAAUCUACUCAUAUCUCAGACAACAGGACGGAUCAAGCUGGCCGACUUCGGCUUAGCGAGGAGUUACAUGCAUCCGACGCAUAGAUGUACUCACGAGAUCGUCACGUUGUGGUAUCGGGCCCCAGAGGUCAUCAUGGGGUCGUUGGAGUACACCUACAGCAUAGAUGUAUGGUCCAUUGGAUGUGUCAUGGCUGAGCUCUUUACGGGAGGGAGUCCGCUCUUUCCGACGGAUUCGGAGGUCGAGACGUUGUUCCGGAUCUUCCGUAUGUUGGGCACUCCCACACCCGAGACGUGGCCUGGCAUUGUCGAGACGUGUCCAGACUAUUGCGAGUUGUGGCCUAAGUGGAAAGAGGACCGCGGGCUUCAGACCAUGCAACAACGGAACUCAGAGAUACCGGACUGGUUGAACGAGCUGGCGUUGUCUUGUCUGAGGGUGACCCCAACGGCUAGGGCCAGUGUGGCUGGUCUCAUGGCACAUCCUUGGUUCAAGGAUGUUGACGAUGCAUGGGUUGCAGGGGAAUUCUUCGUUUGCCCCGGACUGCAUUCGGACUCCCAGCCCAUCAAGGACGAGGCCGAGCCGUUGUAG